UAUGCCAUCCGGAUCAGUGAAAUUGCAAAGUAUUAAAAAGCUUGGACAGGAGAAUCACAGUUAUGAGAUUACGGAUGAAGAACGAGCUGGUCCUUACAUGACUAUGACAACUUCCAAGGAGGACACAGGACAAUGUGACAAAAAGCAGCCUGCAAUAAGAGUUGGCUUCUUCCAGCUGUUCCGUUUUUCCACAUGCAAUGAAGUGCUGAUGAUGGUGGUGGGGAGCAUAUGCGCCGUGCUGCACGGCUCGGCCCAGCCCCUUAUGCUGCUGGUGUUCGGCCUGCUUACUGACACGUUCAUCGAGUACGACAUUGAGCUGAAUGAGCUGAGUGACGAGCGGAAGGAGUGUGUGAACUACACCAUCCAGUGGAAGGAGAACUACACUGACACCAUGAACCAGUCACACUUGGACUCUAUGUCAUGUGGGGUACUCGACAUCGAAUACGAAAUGACCAAAUUUGCCUUCUAUUAUGUUGGAAUUGGAGCAGCUGUAUUCAUUUUGGGAUACUUUCAGAUCUCUCUGUGGGUGACUGCUGCCGCCAAGCAGAUCCAGCUCAUAAGGAAAAUUUAUUUCAGCAAAGUGAUGAGGAUGGAGAUUGGCUGGUUCGACUGCACCUCGGUGGGAGAGCUCAAUACGCGCAUGUCUGAUGACAUCAACAAGAUCAAUGACGCCAUUGCGGACCAAGUCGCCAUUUUUAUGCAGCGUUUCACCACCUUUGUGUGCGGCUUCUGCAUCGGCUUUGUGAAAGGAUGGAAGUUAACGCUGGUGAUUGUGGCAGCAAGUCCACUAAUUGGCAUUGGAGCAGGCCUAAUGGCUUUGUUUGUGGCUAAGCUGACAGGCAUGGAGCUGCAGGCCUAUGCUAAAGCGGGUGCCAUUGCAGAUGAAGUCCUCUCCUCGAUCAGAACAGUGGCUGCUUUUGGUGGGGAGAAAAAAGAAGUGCAACGUUACGACAAGAACCUAAUCUCAGCACAGCGCUGGGGCAUCAGAAAGGGUUUGAUCAUGGGCUUUUUCACUGGAUACAUGUGGCUGAUUAUCUUCCUGUGCUACGGCCUGGCUUUCUGGUAUGGAUCCAGUCUUGUGAUAGACACAGACGAAUACUCACCAGGGACACUUCUGCAGGUAUUCUUUGGUGUUCUGAUAGCAGCCAUGAAUUUGGGACAGGCCUCGCCAUGUCUGGAGGCAUUUGCCGCAGGCCGUGGAGCAGCCACCACCAUUUUUGAAACCAUUGAAAGGGAGCCUGAGAUUGACUGUUUAUCUGAGGCAGGAUAUAAACUUGAUAGAGUCAACGGUGACCUUGAAUUUCAUAAUGUGACCUUCCACUACCCUUCCCGACCUGAAGUUAAGAUCUUGGACAAGCUCAGUGUCUUCGUGAAGUCAGGCGAGACCACAGCCUUUGUUGGGCCGAGCGGGGCUGGGAAAAGCACAGCUGUCCAGCUCAUUCAGCGCUUCUACGACCCCAAAGAGGGCAUGGUGACCCUGGACGGUCAUGACAUCCGCGGGCUGAACAUCCAAUGGCUGCGCUCGCUCAUCGGUAUCGUGGAGCAGGAGCCUGUGCUGUUCGCCACCACCAUUGCUGAGAAUAUACGCUAUGGUCGACCUGGCGUCUCAAUGGACGACAUUGUCACCGCCACCAAAGAGGCCAAUGCAUACAACUUCAUAAUGGACCUGCCACAGAAAUUUGACACCCUAGUGGGGGAAGGUGGUGGUCAGAUGAGUGGCGGACAGAAGCAACGUAUUGCAAUCGCCCGGGCACUGGUAAGGAACCCUCGCAUCCUGCUGCUUGACAUGGCCACCUCUGCCUUGGACAACGAGAGUGAGGCCAUGGUACAAGAGGCCUUAGAUAAAGUACGCCUGGGACGGACCACCAUCUCCAUCGCCCACCGGCUGUCCACUAUAAAGAACGCUGAUGUGAUUGUGGGGUUUGAGCAUGGCAAGGCAGUCGAGAGGGGCAAGCAUAGUGAGCUACUGGACAGGAAGGGUGUCUACUUCACCCUUGUCACCUUGCAGAGCCAAGGAGACAAGGCCCUCAACGAGAAGGCUCGGCAAAAGAAGCUCAGCCUGUCCAGAGCCGGCAGCUAUCGGGCCAGCAUGAGAGCCUCCAUCCGCCAGAGAUCCCGAUCCCAGCUAUCCAAUCUGAUUCCGGAAUCUUCCGUUCCCAUUGUCGGAGAGCUGGGCCCCAGAGCCUAUGCAGUUUCUCAAGCAGACAAAUCCAAGAAUGCCAUCGAAGAGGAAGAUGAGGAGGACCCAGUGGAACCAGCACCAGUUGCCAGGAUCUUGAAGUACAACUUACCUGAGUGGCCUUACAUGCUUUUUGGAUCUUUGGGGGCAGCUGUGAACGGAGGAGUCAACCCUGUCUACUCGCUGCUUUUCAGUCAAAUCUUGGCGACUUUCUCAGUUACAGAUACUGUAGCUCAGAGAAAGGAGAUUCAUAGCAUCUGCCUAUUCUUUGUCAUGGUCGGCGUUGUCUCUUUCUUCACUCAAAUGCUGCAGGGUUACGCCUUCUCCAAGUCUGGAGAGCUGCUCACCCGCAGGUUACGUCGCCUAGGUUUCCACGCCAUGCUUGGCCAGGAGAUCGGUUGGUUUGAUGAUCACAAAAACAGCCCUGGAGCUCUGACCACACGACUGGCGACUGACGCCUCACAAGUUCAAGGGGCCACUGGCUCCCAGAUCGGCAUGAUAGUCAACUCUCUGACCAACAUUGGGGUGGCCAUCCUCAUGUCCUUCUACUUCAGCUGGAAGCUCACACUGCUCAUCCUGUGCUUCCUGCCCUUCAUCGCUCUGUCAGGGGGUUUCCAGGCCAAGAUGCUCACUGGAUUUGCCAAGCAGGAUAAACAAGCUAUGGAGGCUGCAGGACAGAUUUCUGGUGAAGCCCUCAAUAACAUUCGCACAAUUGCUGGUCUUGGAAAGGAGAGAAAUUUUGUGGAAACGUAUAAUGCACAGUUGGAUGCUCCAUACCAGGCAGCCCUGAAGAAGGCUAACGUCUACGGGGGUUGUUACGGUUUCGCCCAAUGUGUCAUCUUCCUGACCAACUCCGCCUCCUAUCGGUUUGGGGGCUACUUGGUUCGCCAAGAAGGGCUCCAUUUCAGUUUGGUGUUCAGGGUCAUUUCUGCCAUUGUCACCAGCGGCACAGCCCUGGGAAGAGCCUCAUCCUUCACCCCUGACUAUGCCAAGGCCAAGAUUUCAGCUGCACGUUUCUUCCAGCUGCUGGACCGAAUGCCCAAGAUUAGUGUCUACAGUGACAAAGGAGAUCAAUGGGAAAGCUUCCAAGGCAACAUUGAGUUCAUUGACUGCAAGUUCACUUACCCCACCCGACCCGACAUCCAGGUCCUCAAUGGACUGAAUGUGACAGUGAAGACUGGCCAGACGUUGGCCUUUGUGGGUAGCAGCGGCUGUGGGAAGAGCACCAGCGUGCAGCUUCUGGAAAGGUUUUAUGACCCCGACAAGGGCAGAGUGCUGAUCGAUGGUCGCGACUCGACUCUCGUCAACGUGCCUUUCCUGCGAUCCAAAAUUGGCAUCGUGUCCCAGGAGCCAAUCUUGUUUGACUGCAGUAUCUUGGAAAACAUCAAGUAUGGUGACAACUCGCGGGACAUCAGCAUGGACGAGGUCAUCUCUGCUGCCAGGAAAUCGCAGCUACACGACUUUGUCAUGUCUCUACCUGAGAAAUACGACACAAACGUGGGUGCACAGGGUUCUCAGUUAUCUCGAGGUCAGAAACAACGCAUUGCCAUUGCCAGGGCAAUCAUCCGUGAUCCCAAGAUCCUGCUCCUGGAUGAAGCCACCUCAGCACUGGACACAGAGAGUGAGAAGACGGUGCAAGCGGCGCUGGACAAAGCUCGAGAGGGCAGGACCUGCAUCGUUAUCGCCCACCGUCUGUCCACCAUUCAGAACUCCGACAUCAUUGCUGUCAUGUCCCGAGGCUACGUGAUUGAAAAGGGAACACACGACCAUCUCAUGGCCCUGAAGGGUGCUUACUACAAGCUGGUCACCACUGGAGCACCAAUCAGCUAACGGCUCUCUGAGAGUGUCACCCAUUGGAAACACGUGUGAUGAGCAGAGAGUUAUUGUCUGAGGUGACAAGGCCAAGUACAUGCUAAAUGAACAUCAAAAAGUAACUUGAAUCUUUUUCAC